CGUCGAAUUGUUCCUAAUUUAGAAACCGUGUCCCUCUAAUUCCAGUGCUCACUCCCUUUUGUGCCUCUCUCUCUCUCUCGCACAUUCCCAUAUGAAAUGGGAUCCAUGCUCCCAUGAGAGGAGUUGGGGCGAGGCUGUAUAUCCUGAAACCUCUGAGUUGGGUGGCGUUUAUCUUGACCAGUGUUCUUGCUCUGCUCUUUCUCUUCUUCCAAAACCAAAGCCCACACCAGAGCAGUCUUCUCUCUCUUGGCCUUCAACCACCACUCAUGGCUACUUCUCACUCUAGGAGGCUUGGGUUGGUGUUAUGGCUUCAUGGGUUGGGUGAUAAUGGCCCUGCCAACGUUCCCAUUAAGUCCUUCUUCUCUUCCAUCCCUGAAUUUUCCCAUACCAAAUGGCUCUUCCCCUCUGCCCCUUCCGUGCCAGUCUCUUGUAACUAUGGUGCUGUAAUGCCCUCUUGGUUUGACAUCUAUGAGAUACCGGUGACUGCUGAGUCCCCUAAAGAUGAAGAAGGGGUUGUUAGAGCCGUGAGAAAUGUGCAUGCAUUGAUAGAUAAGGAGGUUUCUGUUGGUAUUAGCCCAGAUAACAUAUUUGUUUGUGGAUUUAGUCAAGGAGGCGCAUUGACCUUGGCAAGUGUGUUGCUGUAUCCAAAAACUCUAGGUGGCGGUACAGUCUUUAGUGGAUGGGUUCCAUUUAAUUCUUCAAUUCUAGAGAAAAUUUCUCCAGAGGCCAAAAGGAUUUUUUCAUCAAUUUAUUGGUCGUUCUUUAUCAAAUUGAGUUGUGGAUUUUGAUCAUCAAGGCCUCAUCUAUCAAAUAAAAUAGCUGUGUAUUGUGGCGCUUCUACAUGGAAUUCAUAUUGAUUAAUAAAAUAAAAAGAGAAUUUUUAUACUUCCUUGAAUUCCACAUAGCCACUCAAUCCUUGGACCUGGUAAGUUAGUGGGCUAUCAUCAUCUGAACUAGCCUUAGGGGUUUCUGCAUAUCCGCUAUAUGGAGGCCACUGCCAAAAGGAAGGAUCAAACUUAAACUUUCAUGGGUGCUCUUUUGGAAACCCAUGGCCAGCCCGAAUUGGUUGGGUAUCUAGAAACCAUUUUGGGAAGUCCCUUCUCUCCUCAAGGCUCAAUGGCUGUCGGACAUUACCCUUGCUGAGACACUUGUACUCCUGGAUGGUCUAUGAAGCUUGAAGAGCUAGGCUCGCAGUUUUUAGUGGAAGCUGGCUCUCAAAAUGUCAUUGCAUGGGUUACCCAAGUCUUGUCAUGUCCUCGGAUACUCCAUCGCUUUUUGGCAUUAUUGCAGAAUUGUGAUCUGCCAUUCUGAUCUCCUUUGGACAUAUUUGGAGGGAAGCUAAUUAAGCUGCCAGUGCUUUAGCUAUAUUGGAGUUUCUCGCCCCAAUCUGUUUGUGAAAAGAUCAGUGGAUGAUUGAUCCUAACAUUCUCCCUCCUUUUCAUAGGGAAAUGUUUUAACAAACUCUUGCAUCAUAUGCAUUUUUUGUAUGCGGAGAAUUGUACAUCCUCAUUUAUCAAUAGAAAAAGCCAUUGAUUGGAAAAAAAAAGUCAUGUACUUUCCUGUGUUAUGUUCUCUGCCUCUAUAAUAUGGUCAUCAUUUUUUCUCAUAAUCUGCUAGGACUUAGAUGUAUGAUUUGGUCUGAGUUUAGGCUCAUCAAUUAUCCACAUAUGGAAGUAGGAUUUGCACUUCAAGAGCAUUUGGAGGAUCUCCCUUAUUGAAUGCUUAAGGUGCAGCUGAUGGGCUCCUGUUUUGUGGAUCCUCAUAAGUAAUAAUUUUGUAAUAUGUUUAGGGAUGAGUUCUCUCCUCUCUUCUCUUUGUGAUUUGUGGUCCAGCCAUCACUGCCUACACAAUAGAAAAGUGAGUAUUCGUAAUUCAUAUACAGCUAUUACAAAGCUCCCAAGCUGGAUGAGACGAUGCUGCAUGAAUGUAUGGGAGAGAUUCCCUAGACGGAGCACAAUAAGAUAACCAUCAAGGAAUAAAAUAUUCUUUUGAAAAUGUGAAUAGCCAUCGUCUCAGAAAUUUUGUUCUAUAGAGUCUGCAAUAUUAUGAAGUAUGAAAAUGGGUUAGCAUGUUUAUUUGAUGCUCAAUUUGACGUAUUUGCAAGUAUUCAAAAGUCGUAGACUUGCAUUAUGUUCAAAGAGCUGUGAUUUGAUAGUGGAUUUGAUAGGUUUCUCU